UUGCGGCGCGUGUGGAAGGGGCUGGGAUUCGGCUUUUUGUUUACAGUUUGUGAUUAGAACCCGGGUGUGCUGCCCGUUAAGCGGAAAACGCGUUUUUAACUAAUUUUCCUAGGUGGAAUCGAUGGAAAAGCCCCCAGUGAGAGGAAAUCGAGGUGUCGAUUAAAUAAUAAACGUGAUGUAAAGAGGGGAAACGUAGACACAUUUAGGUUCCUUUUUUCCCCGGAGAUCUUCUUUUUUUUUCCUCUCAAAUUGUUGUUCAUUCGGUAUUCUUUCUUGUUACCGGUGUCUCGCUGUUCCUGGUAUGCUCGCCCUGAGGGGUGCGCUGUUCCUCGCCUCCCUGGGGCUCCUGUCCCUGGGGACGAGCUGGGUCGAAGGAUCUGAUGGUCAGUGCGAAGGAAUGUUCAAAUGUAAAUCGACUGGCUCUUGCAUUUCAAGAGAGCUGGUCUGUGAUGGUACUCCUGACUGCCCAGACGACUCGGAUGAGGCCGAUAAUUGUCGUGACACUGUUCACUGCAAGGAGGAUCAAUUCAGUUGUGCAAAAUCGCGGCGAUGCCUCCCAUUGUCGUGGAUGUGUGACGGUGAAGUCGACUGCUUAGAGGACGCUUCGGAUGAAGAUCCGAUAAAAUGUUCACCUGCUGAAAAAUUCAAGUCAAACACGAUUAUGUGUCCAGUCGAACGUAAGUGGCUACAUAUUGAAAAGUUCUGCGAUGGUGUAGAAGAUUGUGCAGAUUCGUUUGACGAGGGCAAAUUUUGUCAUGUUGCAAAUUGCACAGCGAUGGGCUGUGAACACCAGUGCCGUCCUACUCCAUUCGGCCCGAGAUGUUUUUGCGCUCCUGGCUUUCGUGUUUCGAACACUGUCAGCUGUGUGGAUGAAGACGAGUGUGAAAUAGAUGGGAGCUGCGACCAGCUAUGUAACAAUAUUGUAGGCACCUUUUGGUGCAGUUGUGUUUCCGGUUAUAGGCAAGAAGGUCAAAAUAAAUGCAAAGCCAUCAACGUGCCGGAAGACGAGGAACCGACUCUAAUUUUCAGUAGUGCUACUGCAAUACGUAGAGUUGACCUGAAAGGGAAGCUGUACAAAGGCGAUUCUGAAAGGAAAGAAGGGCAUACCAUAGCAAUAUCUUUUAAUCACCGUGCUCAACAAAUAUGUUUUAUACGCCAACCAAGCAAUCCAGCAGGGAUCACGUGCUCACCCAUUGAUGGAAUGAGUGAUUCUAAGGAAAUACCCAAUCCUCCACUUAUUAAUAUCAAUUCUAUCAUACACAUGGCUCUGGACUGGGUCUCUGAAAACUGGUACUUUCUCGAUGACAGCAGGGAAAUAAUUUAUCUAUGUACAUACGAACUCAAAUAUUGUAUGAUACUUGUUGACGUUUCUUUGAACAAACCCCGUGGCAUAACACUCGAUCCAACAAAAGGCUACAUGUUCUUUACAAAAUGGGGUACGAUAUCUCCUACACUUGAACGCGCUUUAUUAGAUGGCUCGAGCCGAAAAAUUCUUGUUAACGAGAGAAUCGUUUAUCCAUUUGGCCUCACAGCUGAUUACCCUCUCCAGCACAUUUAUUGGGUCGACACCUACCUUGAUCUAGUUGAAAGAAUCGACUACGACGGGAAAAAUAGAAAAACUAUUCGCAAAGGAUCCCCAGUGCAAAACUUGUUCGAUGUAACAGUUUUUGAGAAUAAUCUAUAUGUUACUUCUUGGCGUAAUCACAAUGUGAUGCGUAUAAACAAGUUUAAUUCCAGCAAUUUUGAAGUCCUCACAAAUGAAUCGAAGCCCUUUUCAAUCCAUGUAUAUCAUAGGCAGCGGCAGCCUGAUGUGGCACAUCCUUGCAAAGGAAAGCAUAAUGGAGGAUGUGAGCAUAUUUGUAUUCCGUUCUGGAAGAAAACGUCAGCGUCUGUAAAAUGCGCUUGUAAAGCAGGAUACAGGCUCAUAAAAAAUGGAAAAUGUGUUGAGAUCCAAUACAGCACAUUCCUGCUUUAUGGGAAAGGUGAGCCUGGAAUGAUAAAAGGAAUUACACUCAUCGCUUCCGGGGAGACCGAAUCUACGAUACCCGUGACAGAUUUGAAUGAACCGUCAUCUUUGGACUACGACCCGAAUACACAGUACAUAUAUUAUGUCAAUCAUAUCCACAAACAAUCGACAGUCAUUUCGCGCCAGAAGAUUACCGGAUUUGGCGAGAAAGAGGUUUUCAUAAGCGAGGGGAUUAAAAAAUGCGAAGGUAUAGCAAUUGACGUGCUCGCACGUAAUAUCUAUUGGACUGAUGAGGGUAACAAUUCACUCUGUGUGGCCCCUCUGUCAAAUCCGAAAAAGCAUAAGACCCUCUUCAACGAUCUGAAAAAUCCCAUCUCCAUCGUACUGCAUAUUUCUGAAGCUGCGAUGUACUGGUCAGAAUGGGAUGUCAAUAUGACUAACGAUGCUAGCAUUAUGUUUGCCAAUAUGGAUGGCUCGCAUCGCAGUGUGUUUGUAAAAGGUGGCCUGAUGCUGCCAUCCGGGCUAACCAUCGAUGAGCUAUGGAGUCGGUUAUAUUGGUGCGACGCGAAGCUCAAUCAGAUUGAGUACGUCUUAUUGAACAACCCUGCAGUCAGGGGAGUGGUUUUGGACGGUUCCCAGCUCGACCACCCAUACGGCUUGACCUACAUGGACAACCGGCUUUUCUGGACGGAGACGCAAAAUGGUACCGUUCAGUCGUACGACUUUAAGAGCAAGACUACUAGCACACUAACGGUACAAAAUUCACCGCUUUACGAGAUCAAAGCAUUCAGCCCGUCCAGUACACCCGCCGUGUCACCUUGUACCGACUGUCCACACCUGUGUCUCCUCACCGGCACUAGAACGGCCACAUGUGCAUGCUUUGAUGGAUUUGAAGGCCCAAACUGCACUAAGCCCAUUGAAACAAUUGAAACAGCCACUGUUCCUAAUAACAAUUCUAGUUGUAAGAACAGUGAUUUUAAAAAAUGCAAGAGCGGAAGAUGUAUCUUUAAGGAAUGGUUCUGUGAUGGUCAAUUUGACUGUGGGCCGGGUGACAAUAGCGAUGAAGUGGAUUGCAACAGAACUUGUCCUCCUAUUAUGUUCACAUGCGCCAAUGGUGUUUGUAUAUCACCCCAAUACUAUUGCGAUGGUGAAAAUGAUUGCGGGGACAGCUCGGACGAAAAAGGAUGCAAUGAAAAGUGUGGAAAAAAUGAUUUUUACUGUGUACCUGAAGAUAAAUGUAUUCCAAACAACAAGGCCUGUAAUGGCUGGCAGGAUUGCGAGAGCGGGUGGGAUGAACGUUCCUGCUCUGAUCCAUUCUGUACACACGGCUUCCUCUGUGGCAAUGGCACAUGCAUUGAUAUCAAUAAAAAAUGCGACAAACAUGUCGACUGCCCUGACGGCUAUGAUGAAAUCGUAUGUGAGUUUGAAGCAAAGCUGAAUGAAACGGAAAUGGUGAUGUGCAAUCAAACUGAUUGGAUUUGUGACAACAAAACACGCUGUGUUGAGUUGAAACUACAAUGUGAUGGGCGUUACGAUUGUAUGGAUAAGAGCGAUGAAUCACUCUUAUGUGGUGAAAACCAAUGCCCAGGGCGAUGUGGUAAAGCACCUUGCUUCCCGACUCCUACUGGUCCUUACUGUACUGAAAGUGCAGGGUGUGACUCAAUUUUCUGCUUCCUAAAUAAACACGAAACUGUAAAGCCAUAUUUGAUAUUCAGCAAUCGUCAUGAGAUACGCAGUCUGGAUUUGAUAACUCUUUCAGUCCGCCCUCUUAUUUCCAGUCUAAAAAAUACAAUCGCCUUAGAUUUUUUCCAUGGUGAAAAAGGUGACACUAUUUAUUGGACGGAUGUAAUUGACGAUAAGAUUUAUCGAGGUUCAAUAAUUUCUGGAACAAUCGGGAGCAUUGAAGUUGUGGUACACACUGGGCUGAAGACCGCAGAAGGCCUCGCCGUUGAUUGGGUCGGUGAAAAUCUUUACUGGGUCGAGAGUAAUUUAGACCAGAUAGAAGUUGCCAAAUUGAAUGGAAGUUACAGACGUGCACUUAUCGCAGGAAACAUGGAAAGCCCGAGAGCAAUUGCUCUCGAUCCUAGAUAUGGCUUACUUUUCUGGACUGAUUGGGAUUCUAAAUAUCCCCGUAUAGAAUCAUGCGCCAUGACAGGAGAACACAGAAAGGUUAUUGUAAAAAUUCAAGAGUUAUAUCAUGGUGGGGCUUGGCCGAAUGGACUUACCCUAGACUAUGAUGAAAUGCGGGUUUACUGGGUAGAUGCUAGAUCUGAUUCAAUCCAUCGGGUGAACUAUGAUGGCACUGGACACCAUGAGGUGGUAAGAGGCCAUGAACUGCUCUCACACCCAUUUGCUAUCACUUUAUUCCGCGACCACGUCUACUGGACUGAUUGGCGGUCCAAUUCCGUGUUACGCGGGCCGAAGGAGGAUGGCAGUGAAAUAAUGGUCGUACAACGGACGCUCACACAGCCGUUUGACAUCCAGACAGUUCACCCGGACCGGCAGCCCAAGCCGAAGUUUAACCCCUGCGGAACGAACAAUGGGAACUGUUCCCACUUGUGUCUUAUCGGGCUUAAUCUUACAAGAAGCUGUGCUUGUCCUCAUGUCAUGCGUCUUGAUAAAGAUAAUGUCACAUGUGUAGAUAACGAUGUCAUCCUUCUUGUUGUGAGUUCCUCCGAGAUACGAGGGUUAGAUUUAAUAACUCCUUAUCACAGCACAAUACCAACUAUAACUCUCCCACUUCUCACUAAUCCUUCGGAAGUGGAUUUUGUCGCCGAGCCAAGAGUCAUUUACUGGGCUGAAUCUCCUUCUGGGAUUAUACGAUCAUCUCAGCUUUCUAAACACGUAUCUAAAACAGUCGUCGAUACUGGAAUCACUACCCCGUAUGGCUUCGCAAUCGAUUGGAUUUCGAAGAACAUGUUUAUAUCCUCCCGUGAGGACAACAGACUCAAAAUAGUCGCGACAAACCUUCAAGGGGAGUACUUCACUAGAAUAUACACUUCACCAAAUCAAGGGACUGUUGAUGACAUGAUAACUUCUAUAUGUGUUCAUCCGAUCAAUGGAAAAAUAUACUGGAUAGAGCAGUUAAACCAUACCGAAUGCUAUAUUUACGGUGCGAAUAUGGACGCAACGGGAAAAUAUGUGGUCAGUGAUCAUAUGGAUAAUCAUAAUUUGAUUGGAGGUGCCAGGUCCCUCACAAUAGAUCUCAAUGCAAAUCAAAUGUACUGGGUGAAUACAGCAACAAAGACAGUGCAAAUGGUCGACCUCUCGACGAGAAAACUGAGCAACAUUACGCUGCCUGAAAACAGCGUACCAAAAGCAGUAACAUUUUACAUAGGGAAACUCUAUCUUCUUAUUAACGAUAGUGUCGCUGUCUGGGCUGAUGGUGCUAUACAGAAUGUCUUAGUUAAUAAUACCGGAAAUGCGACAUCAAUAAAAAUAUUCAACCCAUAUACACAGACAGGGAAAAAUGCAUGCUCGGACAAAAAUGGUAAGUGCCAGCAGCUCUGCCUUCCUGUUUCGCCUACUUCAAGAGUCUGCCCGUGCGCUGUGGGAUUUGUCAAAAAUGAAUCAGAACCAGUCAGCUGCUCAUCUAUAGAUGAUGUUGUCAUUUAUUCUAUCAACUACGAAAUACAGGGCGUUUCUCUCAAGAGUGGAGAACAAGAUAAAGAAGUCCUUCCUCCUAUUUCAAGGGUGUCCAUGGCAUCUAGCAUCGAUUAUGAUCCAAUCGAUGAUUACAUAUACUGGACAGACUCAGAUCAUGGAACAAUCACUAGGAUAAAGAGGGAUGGCACAGGAAGGAAUGUCUUAGUAGGAAAUCAAGAAAUUCCUGAUUCGAUGGCAACAGACUUGCUUUCAGGCAUAGCAGUAGACUGGGUAGCUGGAAAUAUCUACUGGAUUGACCCGAAGUUCAAAGUGAUAUUUGUAGCCUCAGUGGCGUCGAAUGGAACGCAUCGCCGAGUUGUUAUACAACGGUACCUUGAGUCACCCAGAUCGCUGAGGGUCGACCCUUAUGCCGGAAAACUUUUUUGGGCUGACAACGGGAAAACCGGCCUUAUAUGCCAGGCCCAACUCGACGGGGAAGACCAGCGUGUAGUCGCUACAUUGCAGUUCAGGCACGUCCAUGGCAUCACACUCGAUAUCGAGCAUCGCAUGAUCUAUUACUGCGAAUCGAAUACAAAUGCAAUCCAUGGUAUCAGCUAUGAUAAUGAACUGAGAAUAACAGUAAUUUCUAAUAUAUCAGCACCACUUGCUCUUACCUACCAUGCUGGAAAAAUUUAUUGGAUUGAACCUUCAGGUUUUGAGAAUGGAAGUAUAAAGAUGCUGGACUUGACGAUGGAAGAGCCGCCAAAAACUAUCAGAGCAAACCUUACUGAUUCGCUUAGAGAUUUGGUAGUCGUGUCGAAGGAGCCAAAGUACAACGGUACGAACCCUUGCGAGCGUGGUAAACACCAUUGUGAAGAACUAUGCCUGUUUAAUGGCCACGAUGCUGUUUGUGUGUGUUCACAUGGCCUCUCUUUCAGAUAUAAGUGCUAUGAGUAUAAAGAAUUUUUGGUGUUUUCACUUGUAAACCGGAUUGAAUCGUUACACAUGGUAGGUGACCCGGAUCACAACUCGCCGAUCCCACCUAUCAAAUCCACCUUGAUGAUGCGCAACACUAUCGGGCUUGCUUUCGACUACGAGACAUCCACACUUUUUUACUCGGACAUUCAAAAGGGUAUCAUAAAUGCGGUUUUCUUCAACGGUACCAACCAGAGGACGAUAGCGAGCGGUCAGGGCAGUGUAGAGGGAAUAGCUUACAAUCCUGUUGAAAAUACUCUUUACUGGACCUGCAAUACAGCCGUUUCUUCUAUUUUAAAGAAGUCGCUGAUGAAACAAGAUGAAAACAAAAAGGAAGAAGUGAUCAUCACUCUUUUGAAAGAUGACAAGCCCAGAGGAAUUGCAGUUGACCCUUGUAGCUUACGACUGUACUGGACUAAUUGGAACAACAAUCGUCCGAGCAUCCAACGCGCGUUUACAAACGGUCGAAUGAAGGAAUCGAUUAUAACGACUGAAAUUCGAAUGCCAAAUGCGAUUGCUUUGGACCACUAUGCUCAACGGCUGUAUUGGGCUGAUGCUCGUCUAGAUAAGAUCGAGCGUUGUGAUUACAACGGGAUGCACCGUAUAGUACUAUCCUUGGCAAACACGCAACAUCCAUUUGCAAUGGCAGUACAUGGUGAUUACGUCUUCUGGAGUGAUUGGUCUGUCCAGGCCAUAUUCAGGGCCGACAAAUUGACCGGUGCAAAUCGUGUUAUGAUGAGGAAGUAUGAUUCAAGACCAAUGGGCAUUGCUGCUGUUUCGAACACCAGUUAUGACUGCUAUCAUAAUCCAUGUAGAGUUUUGAACGGAGGUUGCUCGAGUCAUUGUAGGCUAAACGAUGACAAUAAUAUCCAUUGCUUUUGUGAUAAAGGAUAUGUACUUGAUAAAGGAGGCAAAAUGUGUAUUGAAGAAUCUAGCAGCAACUGUACAGAACACCAAUUCAACUGCGGUGAUAACGCUUGUAUUCCAUACAACCUUACUUGCGAUGGCAUUCAGAAUUGUCCAAAUUUUGCCGAUGAAGCUGAUAACUAUUGUGAAAGCAGGACUUGCAAGGAAGGAUAUUUCCAGUGCCCCAGCGGACGUUGCAUUAUGAAUGAAUUUGUUUGCAAUGGUGUUAAUAACUGUGAAGAUAGAUCUGAUGAAGCGAAUUGUCCUUGUGAUCCAGUGACACACUUCAAGUGUACGGAUAGAUGCAUCCCUAUGCAUUCACGCUGUGAUCGCGAUCCGGAUUGUGAUGAUGCAUCUGAUGAAAUUGGUUGUCCUAAGACUUCCUGUGUUGUGGUCUCCUCGAAGGACAUCCCUCUUACUCAUUGUGCCAAUACAACCGCUUGCAUUCAUCCUUCGUGGAUUUGCGACGGUCAGAACGACUGUUGGGACUAUUCAGAUGAGUUGAAUUGCACAGAUGUACCUAUUGUACCCAAGGCAGAACAGGAUUGUAAUCAAGAGCUAAUGUUUCUCUGUGUGAAUGGAAAAGGAUGUGUCAAAAAGGAUUGGGUCUGUGACGGAGAUCCAGAUUGCGAUGAUAAAAGCGAUGAAAACGAUUGCCACAUACCUUGUAAGUAUGAUCAAUUUAAUUGUGGGAACAAUGAUUGCAUCCCUAUUGCCUGGUCUUGCGAUGGAACAAAAGAUUGUCAGGAUGGGAGCGACGAGCAAGAGUUUUGCAUUCAAAGAUCAUGCAUUGAAUCGGAAUUCAAGUGCAACGGAACUGGGAAGUGUAUUCCUUCAUCUUGGGUCUGCGAUGGUUCUGACGAUUGCGGUGGCGGCAGCGACGAAGAAGAAUGCCUACGCAAUCACAAAGACACUGAAUGCUUGCCUCCGCUUAAGUUUCUGUGUAAUAACGGAAAGUGUAUAGACCAUGAAUAUUUCUGCGAUGGUGAAACCGAUUGUGACGAUGCGUCAGACGAACCCAGUACUUGUCCAAUCGACGUAGACUGUGCUGAUGUGGAAUUUGCAUGCAGAAACGGACGGUGUGUCAAUUCUGCUCUGGUCUGCAAUGGCGUUGAUGAUUGUGGUGACAAUUCUGAUGAGGAUAUUGACAACAAGGAAUGCAAAAAUACAAGCUGCACAGGUACAGACGUAUUUGAAUGUAAGAAUGGCCUUUGCAUCAAUACCACUCUUCUCUGCGAUGGUGAAAAUAACUGUGGUGAUUUUAGCGAUGAGGACAGUUGUAAUGUUAACGAGUGUUCGUGGUUGAAUCCGCCUUGCGCCCAUAUUUGCACUGACCUCCCUGUCGGUUACAAAUGUUCGUGCAGGCCAGGAUAUUCAGUGCACCCUUUGAACCCAGAUUCUUGUAUCGACAUUGAUGAAUGUAACGAUCCGAACGUUGUUCAACUUUGCGACCAGUUGUGCAUUAAUAAACACGGCAACUUUAGCUGUGCCUGUGCAGAGGAUUAUAUACUCCGUCCAGACCGUCAUACUUGCAAGGCUAAUUCGUCGAUUCCGAUGCAACUCAUCUUCACCAACAAAUUCUACAUCCGGUUGCUAGAUUUGAGAGGAAACAUGAGCAUCCUUACCAAUUCUUUGAUUAAUGCUGUCGCUCUCGAUUUUGAUUGGGCGAAUAAGUGUGUGUAUUGGAGCGAUGUUACAACUAUUAAUUCAAAGAUACAAAGAAAAUGUGAAGGAAAAAAUGAGACUGAGAAACUCCAUUCAAAUACACUACAAAGCCCAGAUGGAAUCGCAGUUGAUUGGGUAGGCGGAAACCUUUAUUGGUGCGACAAAGGUACAGAUACAAUUGAGGUCUCCAAACUAGAUGGAAAUUAUAGAAAGACAUUGAUCUCCGAAGGCCUUCGUGAUCCAAGAGCAAUAGUCCUUCUACCAGAAGAAGGGUAUUUAUUUUGGAGCGACUGGUCUGAAAAACCCCACAUCGGGAAAGCUGGAAUGGAUGGGAGUCAAAGCACAUUAAUCAUUGAAGAAGGACUUGGCUGGCCAAAUGCUCUCACACUCGAUUAUGAAGCACAUGCCCUAUAUUGGGCUGAUGCUCGUCAAGAUUACAUCGCUAAGUCCGAUUACGAUGGAAAAAACAUAAGGAUUUUGUACAGCAGAGCGAAAAAUAUUAAUCUCAAGCUACAUCAUGUGUUUGCCAUUGCUGUUUUUGAAUCUUACAUCUAUUGGACUGACUGGGAGCUGAAGUCAAUCGAAUCUUGUAAGAAGAACGGGGAAGACGAUUGCAGGAGCCUUAAUGUUACUAUUCAUAGACCAAUGGACAUUCAUGUAUACCACCCUUUCAGACAAAAACCAGUCGUGCCCAAUCCUUGCGAGAACAAUGGGAAUUGCAGCGCUCUAUGCCUUCUUACUCCAGGAGGUGGGAAGACAUGUGCAUGCCCCAACAACUUCAAACUGAAUGAGGACGGGAAGUGCGUAGGAGCAUGUACAACUGCGCAAUUCCAAUGUGCCACAACUUACAAAUGUAUCAACUCCUGGUGGCAAUGCGACACACAGAAUGAUUGUGGCGAUAAUUCAGAUGAACCGCCUGAUUGUCCAACGUUUAAUUGCCGACUGGGGGAAUCACAGUGCGCUAAUGGUAAUUGUACUCAUCCUUCAGAUAUUUGCAAUGGUGUUGACAACUGUGGGGACAAUAGUGAUGAAAAGGACUGUGAUAAGUAUACAUGUCUUCCAAGUCAAUUUAAAUGCAGUGGGAAUGUAAAUUCAUCGGCUCAUUGCAUACCUGACAAUCUUGUAUGCGAUGGAGUCAAAAACUGCCCAAACGGUGAUGACGAGUACGAUUGCCGCGUUAAUUGUACAGCACGAGACAAGUUCGCCUGUGAUUCCGGGAAGUGCAUACCACAGGUUUGGCUGUGCGACGAUUCCGACGAUUGUGGCGAUAAGAGCGACGAGCGUGUCGAGUUCUGUAAGAACCGGCAGUGUUCAGACAGGGAACACCGGUGUGGUAACGGACGCUGUGUUCCUUCUAGCUGGUUCUGCGACGGAAGCGCAGACUGCAGCGACGGCUCGGACGAGCCGAAAACCUGUGUAGACGAAAUGAAAUGUGACCCCACUUAUUUCAAAUGUACGAGUACACAAUGCAUUCCUGGCCGCUGGCGUUGCGACGGUACUGAAGACUGUGAUGAUGGCAGUGAUGAAAAAGAUUGUACACCGAGGAAUUGUAGUGAGGCAGAGUUUAGAUGUAAGAACGGACGUUGUAUACAUUCUUCUCUAGUAUGUGAUGGUAAUUUCAACUGUGAGGACCAUUCUGAUGAGAGUGCUUGUACAACUAAGUGUUCUGAACAGGAGUUCCACUGUGCUACUAACGCAGUAUGCAUUUUUAAGGAUUGGGUUUGUGAUGGAGAUUUAGACUGUCCAGACCAUUCCGAUGAGAAGAACUGCACUCAAGCAGUCACAUGUCCAUCAGAAGAAUUUUCUUGCGGUCAUUUUUGCAUACCCUCGAAGUGGCUUUGUGACGGCGAAGAGGAUUGCAGCAAUGGGAAUGACGAAUCUGUUAAAGUGUGUGAACGUAGGAGCUGCCCGCCUAGCCGCUUCCGCUGUGACAAUCAUCGUUGCGUACCGAUUUUCAAAAUGUGCGACGAGGCAAAUGACUGCGGCGACUAUUCGGAUGAAAACGCUCUAAGCUGCCAGACUAAGAAGCAUUGCCCUUCGAAUGGGUUCCAAUGCAGAAGCGGACACUGUAUCAGCAGCAACUUGACAUGCAAUUCAUUAAGGGACUGCCCAGAUGGAAGCGAUGAGGAGAACUGCCAUACUGUGUUAUGUGACAUAAUGACAUGCUCACAAAAGUGUGUGGAAAAACCAGGCAAGGCUUCACUGUGCCACUGCGUAGAAGGGUAUGCAAUGGUCGACAAGGAAUGCAUUGCAAAGGGCGACCCCGCAUACAUUAUUCUAGGGGUCGACGACAAAAUUCAUACAUUGAACACAGCCAAAGGAAAGUUGGGACGUUCCAAACUAUUUCAACCGGUGAGUUCCCUAACCAUCGAUCAACCUUCCUACACGCAUUCGAAAAUAAUUUCACUUACUGGCGAUUUUAUGAAAGAUACAAUAUUCAUUUUAUAUGAAAACAGCAUCGUGCUGAUGAGUUUGAAAAACAAUGACAAAUCGGAUAAUACGUUCAUGGAGAUUUAUAACCAAACAUCUGGAUAUCCGCUCAAAAGUAUUGCUUUUAAUUGGGUCACUAACAUGUUGUAUGUUGCUUCUGACCGGGAGAUCUUCGUUUACGUACCCGGCUUGAAGCAGAAAGCAAUAAUCCUCAAAAAUAUUGGCCAUCCGAGGGAUUUGUUGCUCGACGUUGAAAACGGCACAAUGUUUUUCAUUGUGGAGUAUGGAAGGGAAGUAAAAGUGAUGUCGGCGCAUAUGGACGGUUCAAAUCUCCGUACUCUAGCUUCGACAGAAACAAGCGAUGAGCUGGUUUGGCCGACUUCGCUCGCGCUAGACCGUGCCACUCACCGCAUUUACAUUGCUGAUGUUAAACGCAAAACAAUUUUGAGCAUGAAUCAAGAUGGAAAGGAGAAAUUCACCAUUAAUGUACAUUCACUCUACAAUCACAAGCCGAAUAGAAUUGAGGUGUUUGAAAAAGAUAUCUACAUGUCUGCUUAUAAUGAACCACUACUGCUUAAAUUUGAUAAAUUCGGACGUUCAAACGCCACUAUGGCAACAUUAGAGCAGAGCAAGGUGGCACGAAUUCUCAUAAUGCAAAAGCAAACUCAAAGAGAAUUGAUUAAUCGUUGCUUGGAUGUUUGUAAUGGUGUGGAUCAGAUUUGCCUUUUUUCAGGACCUGAGAAUACUACAUGUGUUUGUCCAGAAGGAUAUACCAAGAAGAUUGGUUCAGAGGAGUGUAUAAAAGCUAGCUGUGAUGACUAUUGCUUAGCAGGAGGUACAUGUAAAAUCGAUUAUCAUGGGGUAUCCUGUGAAUGUAGUCCGAUGUAUACGGGAAAGCGCUGCGAACACUUCAUCUGCUCUGGCUAUUGCAAGAAUAAAGCCAGAUGCGAACUGAACCCGAGAGUGCAUAUGCUUCCUAAGUGCAUUUGUCCGAGCGAAUGGACCGGGCCAAGGUGUACAAUUCCGACUAAGGAUUGCAACGGACUGUGCCUGAAUGGCGGGAAGUGCAAGCAAGUAGGCGAUGUGACUAGGUGUGAGUGCCUACCCGGAUUCAAAGGUGUUUGGUGUGAGCACUGCCCCAUGCUCCAGUGUCAACACGGUGGGAUUUGUCUCCGUGAUAGUACAGGAAAACAAGCUUGUAACUGCACGCCUGGUUUCUCCGGGGAUCGCUGUGAGCUUACAAACUGCCACAACUUCUGUGGAAACGAUGGAAAUUGUACACUCACGCAAUCCGGCCCUGUAUGCAAAUGCCUCCCAGGCUUUACUGGCAAACGGUGCGAACACAAUAUUUGCAACGGUUUUUGCAAGAAUGGGGGGAUCUGCCCUCCGGGUGUACCAGAGCCCAAUUGCACAUGCCCACCACUGUACAGUGGUGCUCAAUGCGAAAUCGACCUUUGCUCUUGUUGGUGUCCACAAAAAGAAGGGUGUAACUGCCCAGACGUACGACCCAAAGAAUGCCUCCAACACUGUCAUUGCAGAAAUGGAGGGACUUGCGUCACCAUUGGUCAACAGAGUAUAUGCAGUUGCCCUACACAGUGGGGAGGCACAGAAUGUGAGGAACCUGUUAACGCACCCAACCCUUGCAUUGGAUAUUGUGAAAACGGUGGUUAUUGCAACCUGGUGAGGUCGAAGUUGUUCUGCCACUGUCCAAAAGGUUGGCACGGUGAGCGAUGCCACUUGUGCAAGAAUGACUGUAAGAACGGUGGCGCUUGUGUACCUGAUGGAAGCUGUGCGUGCACAUUUGGUUUUUACGGGCCGAACUGUGAACACGCCGAGGCGUACUCUUCCACGCCUAUUGGCCUAAUAUUUCUAAUUGUAUGUGGUCUAUUAGUACUUCUGUUGGGUUUGACGUACUAUUUUGUGAAAACGAGGGCCAGAAGAAGGGCUUUCGACCACUCUAGGAUUAGAGAGAAUGUCGAGAUCACGAAUCCCAUGUACGAGGGUAAUCUAGAGGUCACUGACGAACUUCCUUCGAGAGUGAAUUAUGAUAACCCGGUCUAUGGGAUGUUUGAAGAAAAAACAACCCUUUUGCAGGAGCAGCAAUAAGAAAAAUGCAAAAUAACAAAACUGAAAAUGCUCUCUAUAAUAAUAUUAAUAUACUUGUAAGAUUAUAAAUGAUGAAAUGUGCCAAAUUUAUAUAUUAAUGACGUAUUAAUACACUUUCAUGUAUUAAAGAAAGAAGAGAAACCAGAUAAAUAAUUCUUAUUUAAAGCAGAUUAUAUUGAGUCACUUCAAAGUCAUUUGGCUAAAUGUUUAACAUAUUUGUUAUUGUUAUUUUUAGCUUUUUUGAUGAUUUGAAAAUGAUCGUGUGUAAAAAUUAAUUUUAAGGAACAAAAUGUGAUUUUUUUUCAACCCUUUUUUAAUAUUGUAGAACUGUUAUUGAUAGUGCCAUGUAUUGUAAAUAAAAUUGUGUAACAUGAACUCAAAA